UCGUUAUCAACUUGACCUCUCCUGUUCCUCCCGGAACUGCGGAGGAAGCUUCCUUCCCGGUUCCACAGACUCGAACAAAAACUGGAACACGAACAAGACUCGUGUCUUUAAAUAUUCUCUCCGAUUCCUUCCCGUGAUUUUCAAAACCGUAUUAAAAACCGGUGAAAUAACGCAUUGACAUGUCUGCGUCUGCAUACAUAUAAAUCAAUCUCUGCAGAUCAAAGCUGAAUUCGAUCCAAAAUCAGAAUCAAUGUCUUUUCCGGAGAAGACCCAGAAUUCAGAAUCCAUUUCUCUGUCGGAGAAGACCCAGAAAUCCCCGUUGGGCAGGUUGUACAAGAAAUUUUCCCGGAAAAGAUCAGAUCCCGGAAAAUCUCAGACCCAAUUAGACGAGACGAGGAACAGCAGUUGCAGCAGCAAUGGAAGCAGCCAGAUCAGCGCCGAGGAGUUAAGAGCGGUGUUCGAUUACAUGGACGCGAACUCCGACGGGAGAAUCUCGGCGGCGGAGCUUCAGACCUGCGUGGGCCUACUCGGCGGCGCGUUCUCCGCACGCGACGCUGAGGAGGCGGUGAAGAUGGUGGAUUUGGACGGAGAUGGGUUCAUGGACUUCGCCGAGUUCCUGAGAUUGAUGGAAGGAGAAGGAGAGAACAGUUACGGGGAGGACGAGCGGAGGAGGGAGCUGAAGGAGGCGUUCGGUAUGUACACGCCGGAGGGAGACGAGUUCAUCACGGCGGCGAGUCUCCGGCGGACGCUGAGUCGACUCGGCGAGUCGAGGACUGUCGAUGACUGCAAGGCAAUGAUUCGGGCGUUCGAUAAGAACGGGGAUGGGGUCCUUAGCUUCGACGAGUUCUUUCUCAUGAUGCGUUAGAUUUUGGAUUUUGGGGAAUUUGCGAGAGAAUUUAUUCGAAUUUGAUUGUGUAAAAAAUCUUAAUCUUAAUCUUUCUAAAUACAAAACCUUGCGUUACAA